AUAGCCUCUACUUCUCGACUGCCUUGAACUCUCGAUUAUCCAUAGAUUUUAUCAAUUUCUGAAUCAUACUUCUCCGCAAUGGACUUCCUCAAGAAGAAGAUGAAGGAGCUGCUGGAUGAUGAUGAUGACAAGGAGAAGAGCAAGCAGAGUAAUAUUGAUGCACUGAAAGACUAUGCCCUCACCUGACAUGCAACCAGAGACACAGGAGACUCCCCACGCCGAUCCCUAUGGUGCGCCAGGCGGUGCAUCUCACGGAGAUCGCUCAGUCUCUGACCCCUACGGCGGACAGAACAACUACCCGCCUCAGCAGCAAUCCUACCCGCCGCAGCAACAAUCCUAUCCCCCCCAACAGCCAGGCCAAUACCAACAGCAGCAGUCCCACUCAACACAAGGUCCAGGCUACUACCAGCAGCACCAGCAACAACAACCCUACGGCCAAGGCGCCCCAGUCCCCGUGGGCCCUCCCGCACCCUACGGAGCACCCCCUCCAAUGCCUCCAGGCUGGACACAGCAAUGGGACCAAAACAGCCAACGCUGGUUCUACAUCGAGCAAGCAACCGGACGCACGCAAUGGGACCCCCCCUCCCAUCUGCCUCCCGGCCCCUACGCCCCGCCGCCACCAGGCGCGCCAUACCAACCCCAGGCUGCCCACGACGACCGCGGCCUCUUCGGCAACACGCCCCAACACGGCGGACAGGACUACUCGCAGGGCUACGGCGACCAGGCCAAGGAAAAAGAGAAGAAGGACAAAGGCCACUCGACCGCCAUGCUCGCCGCAGCCGGCAUAGGCGGCGUAGCAGCGGGAGCCUGGAUUGGCCACGAACUCACCGAAGACGACUCCGACGACGACAAGCAAAAGCAAUACGCACCCGCUCCUGCCGCUCCCGUCUACGCCCCCGCCCCUGCAGACCCUACCUACGCCGCCCCCGCCGCCGCCGCGGAUCCCUACGCCGACCCGGCUUUCGCAACCCCGCCCCCUGUGCCCACGCAGGACUCCGACGGUAGCUCGAUUUCUAGCAGCGAUCGCGAGUCGAUGGAAGAGGCAAGGGAGGAACUUAUUGAGGCGCAGGAGGAGUAUCAGGAGGAGAUUGAGGAGAACUAUGGGUCGGAUUAGUUGGGGGAUGCGUGGGUAACGGGUUUGGCGCGUUUGUGAAUUGAAGUUUUGUUCAUCGAUGGAUGGGAUGUGAAAUGUUGGGUUGGUGGCUAUGUAC